AAACGAUAAAUCGAAUACAAUUUUAAUUAAUUUUGCUAAAUUUUUCAAUGUGAAAAUAUGUUUGUGUAGUAAAACAUUUUCGAUGUGUAUCGGAAAUUAAGACACAAUCAACGAUAUUAAGUUAAUAAUUAUAUCAAACGCAUCAAAAAUAAUCGUUUCUCUAUUUUCUCUUUAUUCAAUACAUAUUAGAUUAUCGUUUGUGCGAAAAAAUUGUCCGCGUAACAUUUAAGUGAUAAUCGAGCGAAAUUCGAAUUUUUCCUUUGAACUGGUCUAAAUACAUACUUACGAGUCUGCGCAAUACUCAUUGUCCAAAGAUUCGCCACGAGAGGCGCGGCGUCGCGACGCUCGCAUGUGCCGCAGAUUAUGCCGCAUUGCCACAAGCGUACGGCACCGGUCGGUCGACGAUCGUGUCGUCGGGAAAAAGGUCGAAAAAAAUCAACGUAAUGAGCCGAACGCGACAGGUUAAACGCGAAACAUCCUCAUGAUGCGCCGUCGCGGACGUCGUCGACGAUACAAUUGGUGAGAAACAAAUAUAUCGAACGACAACAACAACGAAGAAUAUUUCAAAAGAGUUGAAAAAAACAAAAAAAAGAAAACAAAAGGAUCACGUUCUCGUCUCAAUAAAUAAUAAAUAAUUAUCGACCUACCUAAGAUAGAAGUAGCCUUCGGGAUCAUGAAUAUCCGACGGCUCCCUGGUUUCAUGUACCACUACAAGGUGAUCACUCUGCUCCUCUUCACGACCAUGCUUUUUGUCAUCUAUCUACUCCUUCACUGGGGUAUUAUGUGCACGAAUCUCGAGGCCUGGCGACACGUAUCCAACGUGUGCAGCACGCACAAAAAAGGAGCUGCAAUAGGAAUUCUCUGCGAUCCACUAUGCGCGGAAAGAAGGAUUCACUCGCUUGCCUGCGAAACACUGCACGCGGGCAAAGAAGCAGUCUUCUCGGCUCACUGGGAGACAACUCGACUUGUGUUCAAGGCUUCAAGAACGAAAGCCCCAUCGGAGCAGUUCGAAUCGUUGUUUUGGACGGACACGAGCGGAACGAGGCACUUCCCGUCCGAGACGGACUUCAACACCAUGAUCAAAGAUCUGGUCGUUAGCAAGCUGAACGUGACGCUGUCUCAGCAUCAAUUAGAGAGGCUAGCGCGACUUCGUACGCAUCGUGUUGAGACCGAGCCCAGAAGGCGACAGCUUGAGAUGGAAAAUCUGUGGCCGCUGUUACAGGAAAACGAGUAUCUGAUGAGCAUUCUGUACGAAGACAGGGACAUUUUUCCACAGUUGAUUGGCACAUGCGGGACAUUCUACGCGGUUGAAUACGUACGACCUAUAGAAACACCCACGACAGUUCUCGCGCUCUCCGAUUCGAAACCGGAAUGGGCGAAACGAUUGAAGCUGGCCGUGAUGAUACUAGACCUGCUCGAAGAACUCGACACCAACUUUCCCGAACCGAUACAUCUGUGCGAUGUGAAGAUAAACCAUUUCGGUUUGCCCUUAGGCGGGCAGAAACUCAAGUUCCUCGAUCUGGACGCGGUAUUUCCUAAAACGAUUAUCAGCCGUAUCACUGCGGACAGCAAAAGCUGUGAAAAACACGAGGACUGUGAUUAUUUUGAUUGCAGGUCUUUCUGCUCGAAAAGGAAACGAUGCGAGUCACCGGUUGCCAACAAUAAUUUACAAAUUAUAUGCGAGAAAAUAUUUCUCGGUUGGACUCUCUCAGGGACUCUUAUAAUUCCUGGACUAUUAAUGUCAGAGCAUACCACCAGCUCACUGGCGGUUCUUUUGCGACAAUGUGCGAAUCCAACUGGUGACAUCGAGCAUUUACCACGUGCUGCAGUACCAGACAAUCUCAAAACACGAUUAUAUAAUAUGCUACAUGAAAUGGAACAGGAAGUUGCUGCUUCCGUUUAGAAACGUUUUAAUUCAAACACUAAAAAUUUAAAAAAUAUUAAAGAUCUUGAUUUUUAUGAACAGAUAUACAUACAUAUUUUCAAAAGUAUUGAGUUAAAAUAAUAAAAGAUGUUGCAAGAAUUAAUUUAUUGUAAUGAAAAAAUUUAUUAAAAAAAAA